GGCUUUGGUUAUUCCACGUAACACAAUAUGCAUUAGUAUCCACAAGCAUUUAGUUCUUGCAAAACAAAUAUGAGGUACAUAUUCUACCACAAUUCCUUUUUUGUCUCCUCCACUUAUAUACAACUAAGCCAUUAUACAAAUUUUAAUUUCCCCUUCUUUACACUAUACUACUACUCAAAUUCAUUAAUUUUUUUCUUGUUUAAUUUCCCAAAAAAGGGUAAUGUUUUGCACUAACAAUUCUUCUCUUUUUUGCUACUACAACUCCAAAAAUUAUUAGUACGUAGUAUGAAUGGGAAAUGACAGAUAUUUCAUCAGUUUUGCAUCAAGAUCAAGAAGAAGAAGAAAAAGCAAGAUGUGAAUGGGAUUUUCAUCUUUCUACUAUUAUUUCAUCUUGUAAUAAUCUUAGUGGAUCUGGUUGUGACACAAUUGGUGUGUUGGAAUUUGACCCUUGUGGUAAUUUCCUAGCUUCUGGUGGUAUUGCUAGGAAAAUUCGAAUUUACACCGUAAAGUCUAUCGAGAGAGAAGGCGAGAGGCGUAUCGGCGAUGCGCCUCUCGCUUUAGAUCAUAGUAAUGCAUGUGAUUUUUUUAUUUGUACUCCGGCCAAACUCGGGAGUAUAAAGUGGAAACCCGGUUUAGGGAGUCGGGUUUUAGGGUCGGGUGAUUACGAUGGAGUGGUUAUGGAGUAUGACCUAGAGAAAAAAAUGCCCGUUUUCGAGCGUGAUGAGCAUGGUGGUAGACGGGUUUGGAGCAUUGACUAUUGUCAUUCGGAUCCGGUUUUGGGUGCAUCCGGAUCCGAUGACGGAACCAUGCAAAUGUGGGACCCGCGGUGCGGUGACAAUGGCAAGUGUUUAGCUAUGGUACAACCUACCAAAGAGUAUAGUACACCCGUGUGUUGCGUCGAAUUUAAUCCGUUCAAAGGUCCAAUCGUAGCCGUUGGAUGCGCUGACCGGAGGGUCUACGCGUAUGAUACGAGGAAAAUGCUUGACCCACUCUUUGUCCUGGAUGGACAUGAGAAAGCAGUUACUUACAUUAGAUUUCUUGAUGAACGUACUAUUAUUUCUUCGAGCAUAGAUGGUUGUUUAAAAAUGUGGAAUGCGGAGGACCAGAAGGUACUUCGCACCUACAAGGGGCAUAGUAAUAGUAGGAGGUUUGUAGGGUUAUCGGUAUGGAAAUCGGGUGGAUUAAUUUGUUGUGGCUCAGAAAAUAAUCAAGUUUUUGUAUACGAUAAGAGAUGGGGUGAACCAAUAUGGAUGUAUGGACGCGAACCAAGACAUGAGCAUGGGUUCGUUAGUAGCGUAUGUUGGCAACAAAAGGACGAAAAUCAAUGCACACUCGUGGCUGGAGAUUCAGAUGGUGUUUUACGAGUUUUUAAUGGCAAGAGGAAAUGACUAUAUAUAUAUUCACUCAAAAUCUAAUAAGUAUAGGCAAAAUGUGUAAUAUUAUUUCAUGAGAAGUCAAUCGUGGCCAAUACAACAAGGUAACACAUUUUCUUUUUCUUUUUCAAUUAUUCUUCUAAUUAAUACAGGAAUUGUUCACCACUUACAUUUGUCUGAAAUAGAUAUAUAGAGGAUAUGAUUCUAUAGAAAAAUAUCUGAAGAAAUUUAAAUUGCAAUGCUAUAUAGUUUAUUCCUUU